UUUAGUUUUAGCAUUUAUUAAAUACUGUGUAUAUGCUUGUUAUAUAAUUUAUUGCACCGUGCUAAGAAAAGAAGGAAUUAACAUGGAUAUUGAAGCGGAAAUUGAUGUGCGAGAGGAGCGCUUAGACGAGUCACUGGAGGAUCAUGAGUUAUUUUAUAUGGACCAGUCUAUUAAAAGCGAAAUAACUUUUGAGCCGGAAAAAAUAACAGAGGCAUCAUAUUUGCACUUGCCAGAGGAGCAGAUUUGUCAACUUGAUCUCGGCUCAAGUAUGGACAUCGUGGAAGAGUUUUAUCAAAGUAAUAAUUUAAAUGCAAUAGGAGAAAUGUGUGAGCUUCAAGAAAAUGACGAAGAGCAAUUUAUGGACUCCAACGUAUCGGAAGUUUCAGAUGCAUUAAAUGAUCACAAUUAUACAUCACAAGAAGUUGUGCCAAGCCCAUGCGGCUUGGAUAGCGUUAAGGAUAUACUCUUGAGUCACAUUGUUUCAAAUAGAUCCGUACACGAAACUGUGCCAGCGAAUGUUUCCAACUUUAUAGAUAGUACGAUAAAUAGCAUUAAAGAGCUGCAGUUGGAGUUUAGCGAUAAGGGAAUGGAGGAAGCUCUUCUUGCUGAAUGCCUAUCUCAAGGCAAUAACGUAAUUCUACCAGAGAACUGCUCAGAGCCAUUAGAGGCUGAUACCAAUGAUGAAUAUUUUGAAAGUCUCUAUAAGAAUAUCAACGAUAACAAUACUGUUGCAAAUACACUUCUUGUGGAUACAAUUAAUUUUGCAAAAGAACUUUGCAAUGAAUGUAACUUGAAAGCAACGAAAUCUGAGAAUGAAUUUAAAAGCUUUAUUCUUGAUAAAAUUCAAAAACUUAAGAAAAUCGCCAAUAUUCAAGACACAGUGGAUCAGUCUAUGCAAACGCAUUCAAAAAGUUUUCUGCGUAAAAGACGAAGAAUUAACCACAAAGCGAAACGUAAUCUCUUAGAUUCAUCGGGUUCCUCAGAUGGAGAUUGUUCGGAUAGCUAUGGGGAAUCGGAUAAAAGAGAUUCAUCUGCAGAGAGUAGUAUUUCUGCGUUACGAGACCGUAACACUGUUACUGAGAAUUUAAAGAAAGAAUACGAUUAUAAUGAUGGCAUCGAUUUGUCCAAAUAUAUAAAGCUGGAAAUGACAAAUCAAAAGUUUCGCCAAAUUUCCAGCGACUAUGAAGAUGCUGAAAAACAGGAUUCAAACUCAUGCUCAUCUGGUGAUAACACGGAUAAGGAAAUUGAUAGACUUACAAACCUGAAUGGCUUGAAUAAACGCUAUGGCCAAACCAAACCAAGCGUCAAACCGAAGGAUAAGAGUUUACCAAAAGUGUUAAGUAAAAAAAAUGAUAAUAUUCUCAAUGAGUUAAACGACGAUAUGGAAAUGUAUGACAGCGAAAAUAGUUUCAAACAAAGUGAUGAUGAGUUCAUAACGGAAAAUCAGUAUCUCUCACGUUUCAAUGAGCAAAUAAAGAAACAAUUAUUGGACGAUUCAAACAGUGAUUCGGGGCUCUCUGACCAAAGUGAUUACAAUCUGUCUAAGGAAGACUGCUCCACAGAUAAUGAAACUACUAAGGAUGUUGUUGAUAAAUUUCUGGAAGUCUUCAAAUGUGACAACGAUGAUGAUCCAAAGGAUGAUGAGCUGAAUGACACAAAAGACAACAAAUCUGAGGUUGGAAUAAUUAGCAAAGACUCUGAUAGUCUUGAUGCAAGCGAUGAAUUUAAAACGAGUUUGAGUGCUCCAAAAAAAUCUAAAAAGUCCUUUGAAAAACUUUUGGCGGAGGCAGAAAGACGCAAUCAAAAUGAAGAAAUUGUUCUUAGCUCUGAAAGUGAAUUAUCAGACGCAGAUCCUGAACCAGUAGAGGAGAAAACGAGAAUUAUAAAGCCAAUGCUUCGCAUGGAUCAGCUGGCUAGUGAGACGAGAGUUGCUCAAAAAUCUGAAACUGAUCGAAUACGCAGGCUUGAAAAAAAUCACUCAAUGGUUGCUAAGGCUAUAAAAAAUAAUCUACCAAAGGCCAAAAAAGGGGCUUUUGUACUUGAUUAUAUUGAGAGCACGAAAACAUUUAUUGAAGUUGAUGAGCAUUUGGUAAAGCUUUUGAAGCCGCAUCAAAAGGAUGGCGUCAAGUUUAUGUACGACUCUUGUUAUGCUGGAAUUGAUCAUGCAAAGAAGAACUCUGGAUCUGGUUGCAUCUUGGCUCACUGUAUGGGUCUUGGCAAGACACUGCAGUUAAUUGCGCUGCUACACACGGUAAUAUCAUACAAGGAGCUAAACACUACGAAAGUGUUAGUACUCUGUCCAAAGAGUACUGUGAUGAAUUGGGCUGAUGAGGUGAAUCGCUGGUUGGGUCCAUUAAAAAAGAAAACUCCCAUCAAAGUUUGCGUUUUUCCGGACUGUUCCGAUAUUUCAGAUAAGCUGCGGCUUAUCGAGGAAUGGUCGUUAUCGUCCCCAGGCAAACCAGGUUGCUUGUUGGUUGGCUAUGAAGCUUUCCGAUCUCUUGUGUUUUAUCACUCGUAUAAGAAUCGUGGCAACUUAAAUCCUUCAAAACUGGAAUCAAUACGAGAUAAAGUUAACAAGUUCUUGCUACAGCCUGGUGCUGAUCUUGUUGUUUGCGAUGAGGGGCACAUUAUAAAGAAUAGUAAAUCUGCUAUAAGCCUUGCUGUUGCCAAAAUAAAAACACCAAAGCGCAUUAUUCUCACCGGAACGCCAAUUCAAAAUAAUCUUAAAGAAUAUUACAGCAUGGUUAAUUUUAUAAAACCAUUGUUCCUUGGCACAGAAAAGGAGUUUGCCAAUUUGUAUGCCAAUCCAAUUAAAAAUGGACAGCACAAGGACUCAAGCAAGAAGGAUAUUACAGUUAUGAAGCAAAGAUCCUAUGUUUUACACAAAAAACUAUCCAAAUUCGUACAGAGAAAAGAGGCAGAGCUACUUCAGACAUUUUUGCCACAAAAAUUCGAAUACGUGCUUUUUAUUCCAAUGUCAGGAGUGCAGAACACACUUUACGAAUAUAUUCUGGAAGCCAUAGCAAGCCGAGGAGAUAGUCGGGGAAAAAGUCUAAUAACAGAUUACACAGUGCUAAGAAAGAUAUGGACACAUCCCAAAGUCUUAGAGGAUGCUUGGAAAAAUGCGAAUAUGCUAAAGAAUAAAAAAGAUAACAAAAGGCCUGGACUUCCGCAUUCUGACGAUGAUCAGCCGGAUGAUAUUUACGAUAGCCAAACUGGACUUAUAUCAGUGACUAACGAUUGGUGGCGCAAAUAUCUUUCAAAAAAGGAUCUGGAAACCAUUAUGCCAAGUAACAAGCUGCGUGUAAUGUUCUCCAUUCUACGCAUGUGCGAAGAAAAAGGUGAAAAAUGCUUGAUCUUUUCUGCCUUUGUUGCCGUGCUAAAUGUAGUUGAAUACUUUUUCAAAAAAAUCACAGAAAAUGAUCCCGAAAUAUUGCAACACAUACAUAUACCAAACGCAACAAAACAAUCCAAUACUUGGAUAAGUGGGCAGGAUUAUUAUAGGCUCGAUGGCAAAACAGCUAAAAAUAUACGCCAUGAAAUGAUCAAGCGCUUCAACAGUGAAGCGAACAGACGAGCGCGUGUAUUUUUAAUAUCUGCCAAAGCUGGAGGGCAGGGUAUUAAUCUAACCGGUGCCAACAGAGUUAUAAUUCUGGAUACUUCAUGGAAUCCCUCAAACGAUCAACAAAAUAUAUUUCGUAUAUUUCGAUUGGGCCAAAAGAAGAACUGUUAUAUAUAUCGUUUAAUAGCAAUGGGUACGAUGGAGGAGAAGGUUUAUUCUCGCUCUGUGACAAAGCAAGCAAUGAGCUUCAGAGUUGUCGAUGAGCAGCAGAUUGACAGGCAUUAUAAUAUGGCAGAAUUAGCUGAGCUCUAUACCUUAACGCAUCCACAGCAAUCUGAAAGACCAAUGCCCCUGCUACCCAAAGAUACAAUAUUAGCGCAUUUAUUGCGUCAGUCUGAGCUGGUUUAUAAAUAUCAUGAGCACGAUACUCUGUUAGAAAAUAAAGUGGAACAGGAGCUGAGUGAGCAGGAAAAGGCUGAUGCAUGGGACACAUACGAGAGAGAAUUACAAAUGAAUUUAGCUCAACAAGAGGGUGUAAAUGUGGAUAAGGUUUUGAAUCCUGCCUUUCCUUUGAAGAACCCAUAUGCUCAUAUGGGUGGGGUGCCAAGUCUUGAUAUGCAAACUCUACUUAACUACAGUCUACAAUCUGCAUCGUUAAUGCCGGGGUAUAAUUACGGCAUGAAUCCAAAUUAUUUAGACACUUUAAAUCUGUAUCAAAAGUAUUCUUCGCUGCGUUAUCCUGAAAUGAACUCCGUUUUGAAUGAUCCCAGCUUUACGCCAAAUCCUUUUGGCGUCCUCAAUGCGCCCAACAUGAAUCGCAUGGUACCCACUCCUCCGCUUAUGCCCAACAUGUCAAACUCACAAAAUGCCAAAUCACUUCCAAGGGACUUUGGUCUAUUUGAUACUCAGCUGCGCAACAAUCCCUUGGCGCUGUCACAACUUCAUCAUUCACUCACUGCAGAAUCUCAGGCACAAGCGAUCUCUUCGGCAAGCACUAGCACAAAUAAUGUGAUGUCUACUCUGGGACAGUAUAAGCAACUGCUUGAAAACCCGCUGGCAGGUUUGUUGAAUUAUUCAGCGCAGGCAUACGGCGCUCCGGUUCCACCUCCACCUCCAGCCUCCGCUCAGGAUUUGCAGGCAAAAAUACAGUCAUUGUCAAACGCGUUGUAUGAAAAAACUCUGGACAAUAUGGAUGCUAGUAAGAAGGAUAAAAGAGGAAAAUCCAACGAGCAAAGCAAUGUACAGCGGUCCACAACAACUCCAGAAUUUCGAGCAACUACUACAACGACUACGGCGCCAGUUGUAACCUCAGUUGAUCUAACAAAGCCAACAGCAGCUACAGAAGCUUCGUUGUCGAGGAAUCCAUUGUCCUUGGCAAAAUCUUCGGCACCAAUUACCGGUUCGAUCGAUCUGACCUCAUCGUCAAUCUCUAGCUCAGCUAAAAAUACCACAGCUCUGAAGAAGUUGACAGCACAGUCCGUUAAACAGCGUAAUGCCGUAAAGGAGAGUAAUCCAAGUGAAGAGGAACGCAAUGCCAAAUCUACCAAGAGCCCCAUUAUAAACUUUCCAGCAGCCUUUAAUGCUAAUCGUGCCUCAGGCCUAUCAAAGGAUUAUCUCAAAAGUAACACUGAAAUGCAAAUAAUACCUACAACCAGUCCACCAGGCACCAGUAGCAUUACCAAGCAGCUAACCGAAAUGCCACCAAGCAUAUCCUUAACUGCCGUCAACACGAUUGCCGAAAGCACCAAGCCACGUUCAUCACCAACAGCCAAAUCAACUGCAAAUGUUGCUAAACAGCCGAAAGAUACUUUUCCUACAAUAAAAUCCGUUGAAAGUUUGCCUGCAUUAAUGACGAAAAGCAUCACAGCCGUGGAGAAGUCUAUGCCUGCAUUAUCGCCUGUAUCAGCUACGAAGAAAUUCGCUGGAGGCUCGGUUGAUUCAAGCGCCAAGAAUAAUGUCGAUUUGACUAAUUAUCGAUCAAUGACACCGACGCAACUUGCGGGCAAAGUUCCUAACCCAGCGACGGCCCUGCGGACACCUGCUCCGGCGUGGAAUGACUUGACACGACAAAAUGUUAAUAAAACUGUGGAUAUCAACUUGGCGGUAGAACUCGGACAGAAAGUGGUCAGCAAGCGUACGACGGAUGCCCUAAGUUUUAAUGUGAAAAGGACUAAAUAUCAAUAAACUAGCUGCAGUCAAUGUCUAUGUAAAUAAAGUGUAGUUUUAGGUUUUAGCAAAUACUAUGUACGCAUCCUCAAUUAAAUGAAUUUUA